CAGGUCUUAAUAUUAGGAGCAGCGCGUUCAGAAAGAGCAGUUUACUAACCAGCGCGCAGCGGGUAAACAGCGCAAGUUUACUCAGAAGAAAAAAACAUCUGUCUACAUCUGUUUUCGGAUCUUUUUUCGCUUUGAGCUAAUUUCGCCUUAAAGAAAACCAAUUUUUCUUCUGAAUCAAGAGUGGAAAGGUUUAUCUCAUAGAAGAAAGAUGGCGUUGAAACUAUUGGACCCGAACUCCACUGUAUCUUCUCUAUUCUUCUCACCUGUGGAGAAUAGCUACAACAUUUCAGUGAACUAUACCUCCACUCAUCCAUAUCCUUUCCAAGAUGUCACCUAUGUGGACUUCUAUCUGCAUGAGCCCUUGGUAUCCGCUAUCUUCAUUGUAUCCUACCUCCUCAUCUUUAUUGUGUGCAUGGUGGGAAAUGGAGUGGUGUGCUUCAUUGUGCUAAGGAGCAAGAACAUGCGUACAGUCACCAAUCUCUUCAUUCUCAACCUGGCCAUCAGCGACCUGUUGGUUGGCAUCUUCUGCAUGCCUACAACACUGGUGGACAACAUCAUCACAGGCUGGCCUUUUGGCAGUUUGGUGUGUAAGUUGAGCGGGAUGGUGCAGGGAAUAUCGGUAUCUGCAUCUGUCUUCACACUAGUGGCCAUUGCUGUGGACAGAUUCCGCUGCAUUGUCUAUCCCUUCAAACAGAAGCUCACUAUCUCCACCUCCACCAUUAUCAUCGUCAUCAUCUGGGUUCUGGCCAUCUCCAUCAUGUGUCCGUCUGGUGUCAUGCUACAGGUCACCAAAGAGCACAGAGUCUCCAUCUUGCUAAGCGACGGCAACACCACGCAACCCUUCUACUGGUGCCGUGAAAACUGGCCAAACCUAGAGAUGCGCAAGAUUUACACCACAGUGCUCUUCGCUAACAUUUAUUUGGCACCUCUGACCCUAAUUGUCAUCAUGUAUGCCCGGAUUGGAAUCACACUCUUCAAAACGUCAAUGCCUGUCCCUGUGAGCCAAGUUGGGACGUCAGGCUCCGGAACUAGUGUUGGGAAAAACAUCAGAUAUGAAAGUCGUCAGCUGGUGUCCCGAAAAAAGAAGCGGGUCAUUAAAAUGUUGCUAGUGGUGGCCUUGCUCUUCACCCUGUCAUGGUUGCCAUUAUGGGCACUCAUGAUGCUGAGCGAUUACGCAAGCCUGAGUGAGCGUCAGCAUCGCAUUAUUAAUAUCUAUUUUUAUCCUCUGGCCCACUGGCUGGCGUUCUGCAACAGCAGCGUCAAUCCCAUAGUCUAUGGGUUUUUCAAUGAGAACUUUCGCAAGGGUUUCAAGGCAGCCUUUAAGCUUCAGCUGUGCUCAGCCCAUUCUGGAAAGAGGAGGAGCUACUCCCACCGUCUGCAGGGGAACGCUGUGUUACCUGCCAACUUGCCCCUGACCAAGGAGUCUGGAGCACUGGAGGCUGGGGGUCCGAGACCAGGACAGGGGCUCAUCCAAGAGCUGGUGUCUGUGGGCAGUGGGAAGGGUUCAGGUGAAAAAAGCCAGUCUUCAGGCAAGGACAACGUGAAAGAACAGGAUCUGAUCAUGGAAGAUCUGGAGAAGGUAAUGUACGAUCUAUAAGUGCUUAAUGAUUUCAUGGAGCCGGUCAAAGAUGCUGUGCGCUCAGAUGAUCUGAUGCUCAUGAAAGGCUGAUUUUUUUCCCUUUUCUUUGACUGUUUUACUGCUGGGAGGACACCAUGAGUUCAUCUUUCAUCUCUUUUCAUCUCUUUCAUCUUCUAGGCAAGGAUGUGCUCUGUCUUUCUUUUUAUGAAAUUUCAAAUUUUAUGACAAUGAUUGUGGCAGACAGGCAGACUGAGCUGGAGGGGUUAAAAAUCAGACACUGUGUGCGACAAACACAAGGAAGGCCAUUUUGUGGGCUUGGCUUUGACCUAAUAAGAUGAGAAAUGAAAUGACAUCUCACUGGCUGCCAAAUUAUGCCCAGUGUCAUUCUUGGAUGUAUAAGCUGAUUGCAUUCACCCUGUUUAACCUGAGGAAAACACCCUGAGGUUUGUAGAAAACUACACUGAAUGUCAAGGUCACAACUUAUGUGGAUAUUUCAAUGGGAGAGGCCAUGAGUCGAAGCCACAUCUCAAACUAUCUGAAGUGCCUGAACGGGAAGUUUCAGAGUGUUUUCUAUUGCAUCUCCUCUUUAUCUGGAUGGUUAAAUGGCUGCAUUUUGUUAAAAUGGCCUGUUCAGUUUCUGCUCUCUGAGUUGUAUGAUGACUACCAUUUUUUGCUCAACAGAUUCUCUCACUAACCAACACUGAAAGUACUAAUGUCAGCUGCAAAACUCGCUGGCUGGCGUGUUUACAGGGUGAAUGUAGUAGGUCUUCGUCUGUGACUAUUUAAAUAAGGAGGAUCAUGACUAUGAAUCUAUAUUAGCUUAAAAUAGCUCAUCGUAACAGGGUGGGCAUUUUGCCAGUGAUUUUCAGAAAACACUCAACAGUUUGUGCCCUGACAUGGGGGACAGUGCCUGAGGACCUUUUCAGACUCUUGAAUUCAUUGCAAAUGAGCUGCUGAACCAGAAGAGCUGUGCCUUAAAAAGAGGGCAUUAGCGGUCAGAAACAUUGAGAACUUGAACAUCUCAUACAUGGAAAGAGUCAAGAAACAAAUCCUCGAGGGAAAUGGCAAGUGUCCAGACUGUCACUGGUUUUUGCAUUUGACAUUUAUGCGUAUCUCACCAUUUCUCUUUUGGCUCUACUAUGAACGAGAAUCUGGCGAUUUGUAUGUGUAGAAAAAGAAAAACCUCACUUUAAAAUGUUAUUUUGUUGUCUGGGUUUCUAAUGUGAACCUGGUGAGUGUUCAAAAGUGGUAUACUUGAGGCACACAAUGUAUUGCUGCUACAAUGUCUUCUGUGAACUUUUUUUUAAUUCAUGAUGUGAAACACUUUUCAGUUUGGUGAUGCAUCCUCUUGGCUGCAGUUCUGUGCUUUGCAAUGAUGUGUAUAAAAUGACUAAUCAAGCGAACAAUCUGUUCAGAAAACAGUCAUUAAUGCAAGUUGGGCUGGAAAUUUGAUUUGACUAAAAAUGUUGUGCAUUUUGUAUUUUCUCUGAGAGCAAGGGCAUACAUAAUGAAAGUUAUGGUAAAUUACAGCUACACCUGCAACCUGUUAGAUAUUACACAGCAUCAAAUGCUUAAAUUACAUAAGGAAUAAUUGUUAUAAUUUCACCACAGCUUGUUGCAUAUUGUGUGCAAGACAGAGAGGAAAUUGUAAAGAGACCUUUUUGAGAUGUGUUACUGGUUAAUGGUCAUCUUGAACAACUUUGAUUUUUUUGUGAAAGUAAAAAGCAGUGUGGGAUGUCCCACUCGUCAUGUCAGUAUGUCGUGACAGUACAAUCAUGUCUUUAAAGUGACAUUUCUGACAGUGUAUUUGUUGGAUGUUGGCACUGUUAAUGUCAUCAUCAACAAGACAGAUGCUAUAUGAUAACGUAGCCUAUGAAGAACAUUACUUUGACAUACUGCACAAGACACAAAAUAUCUUUUUUUGUUGUUAAAUGUCUCCAGCACUGGUGUAACUACCGUCGGUGCAGUCACACAACAGUCUAUGCUGACAUUAAAGAGAUAGUUCACCCAAUAAUGAAAAUUCUGUCAUUAAUUACUCACCCUCAUGGCGUUCCAAACCCAUAAGAUCUUUGUUUAUCUUAAGAACACAAAUAAGAUAAAAUUUGAGUGCUUUCUGACCCUGCAUAGACAGAAGUGGUACUACCACAAUCAAGGCCCAGAAAGACAGAAAAGAUAUCAUAUCAUAUAGUCCAUGUGACAUCGGUGGUUCAACCUUAAUUUUAUUAAGCUAUGAGAAGACUUUUUGUGGGCAAAGAAAAGAAAAAUAACAACUUUAUUCAAUCAUUUCUUCUCUUCCGUGUCAGUCACGAGAGUACCAUGAUGCCAUGGUCAUAUUACUUUCUUGCUUACUACAUCUUUACGUACUUAAGUAACCAUGUUAAUGUGACAAAUUAUGUUUUUUCCUACUGUCAUUUUAUUGUUCAUCCUGUUAAACACCUCUUUAAAUUCCAAAGCUGCUACAGUAAAUGAUAAAAAUUAUACAGUAUAUACAUACAGAGUUCUGGCAUGAAACUCUAGAUGGCACCUAAUGACGUCAUUAUCACAUGGCACAGCUGAUUGGUUCUCUCCUGUAUCAAUAGCCAAUGAGAUCACUGCUCAACAUUCAAAUAUAUGACUAGUGCUAGCUGUAGCAGUUUUGCAGCAUGCUUCAGAAACCCUCCACCUUCCCCAGCUCCACCUGUAUAGCUCUGCUAUGAGGUGAUUCAUGUAUGCUAUGGGGGUUAUUCAUAUAUUUUAUAUGUGCAACAGCAAUAUUUGUAUAUUAUCAUGCCAAUCUGCCUAAAUAAAAUAUGCCUAAAAUCUUACUCAUAAACGGAAGUAAUUAUUUUAAACUAGUUCUGAAGUAAAUGUCACCUUUAUAAUGGGUUAACAGUAUAAUGCAUCCUAAAAUUAUUUUGUGUGACAAGGGAUAGUUCACCCAAAUGAAAAAUUCUUUCUUCAUUUCAUCAAAACUGUUUUGAAGAAUGUUGGUAACCAACCAUUUUGGUUGCCACUGACUCCCACAGAUCAUAUUUCCUUUGAAAUUUCUAAAAAUAUCCUUUAUGUUCUUUUAUGUUUUAUGUUCUCUUAUCUUCUUUUGUGUUUUACAGUAGAAUGACAGUCAUGCAAGUUUGUACUGACAUGAGGGUGAGUAAAUGAUUUGAAAAAAAAAAAUGUGUGCACUGUCCCUUUAUAGAUAGUAUCACUGUGUAAAAAUAGUCAACGAUGACACUGAAAGUUUCAUAGUUCAGGUAAAAAGAUGCCUUGUGAGAACCAACUUGAUUAAGAUUGUAAAUACAAAAUCAGAGUAUUAUAUUUUCAUGUAUAUAUGUUAAUUCCUAUAAGCUGUGGGGGUUGCACCAUCCCUGGAGCCUGUAUGAUUCUAGUUGCAUCACUGGUCAUCAGUUUUAAUACUAGAGCUCUGAAACACCCUACUGUAUUCAAAUGUCAGUAAUAUGCUUGUUAUGUUAAUCUUCUCUGUGUUCUCUUGCUUGUGUUGUGGCAAGCCAUGAAGACAUUUUAUGUAAACUCAAGUAUGUACUGACAAUGUGAAUAUGCAUGUUUGUGUUUGUUUGGGAAAAAGGGCUUGUACGUGCUGUCUGAAUUCCAGCUGCAGCACAGCAUCUUCAAGAGCAUAAAUCUGCACACGUAUCUUGAUAGUAUUUAGCAAGCCAUGGCCUCUGAUCUGAAACAACUUCUUUAUUAAAUUUGAAAAGUUCCUGUUUCAGCUCUUUGAAGCUUAUUUUCACAUAUCAAGUGGUAAUGACAGCCUUGUGGUUACGGUCAGCAUGAAACAGAAGUUGCAAUCGUCUUAUCUUCCCUUUUGGGAUAUAUUAGUGUGAAACACACUUCUUAAUAUACGAACACCAGGCUACUCUGUCCAUGUAAAUGCCGCAUGCUAAUUUAAAUGAAACGAGUCUGCUACUAAUAAGUAAACAGGGGAAAUAAUGAGUAUUUUGCAGAUAUUUGCGUCAUUUAACAUCCUGGUACCCUCAAUAAUUUGUUCUAAAAGUACUGUGUGUUUUGUUCUGAUCUGUUUGUAGAUUAUUUAAGGCUGAGGUCCAGUGGUAUACUUGUUUCAAGAGAAUUCGGUGAAUGUGAGCAUAAAUGAAACCGGGCCAGUAAAGAGUGAAAAUAUGUUAGAUAGUGGUAUUAAAUUGUACAUUUUGUGCCGUAUGGUAGUAAUCGCUGUGUUUGAACACAUUGGAAUGGUGUUUGUAUUUACAUGGAAUGUAAAAUCUAUGAAACCGCACUAUGUCAUAUUUGAAAAUUUUCUUGGCAUACUUAUUUUUGUAAUUGUUUAACAAAUGUGACCCUUGUGUGACAGUUUGUGUGUACAAACCUCUUAUCAGAGUCUACAAUUCACUGAACACUCCUUAUUUACAUAUUUAUACAAGCACUAAAACAGCAAAAUAAGGGACUUUUUCUUCACCUUUUAAGAUUUGUAUAGCUUUGUGUGUCAUUACAAGAAAACGACUGCUCAUCUUUGUUGUUGUUUAAAUAUAUGACUAAAUAUAUUGAGUUUUUGCCUUAGUAGUCUCUAUAUUAAGUAAAACAAAUAAAUAAA